CGUCGGGCCUUGAUUAGUGCAUGUCAGUGGCACUGUGAGUAUUGUAAUGGAUGAGGCAGGCAUAGAGGUCCCCUGUGAGGGUCUUGUGGUGUAUAAAAGAAGCUUGUUCCUGGACACAGGCAGCCACUUUUAGAUUUUGGGUGUACAUCUAAUCCAGCAUCUCGCACUGGAAGAGGAAGAAGAUUUUUGCUUUUAGUUCUGUGUUGCAGAACAUUUUUUUGGAGGGGGGAUUUGGUCUGUUGUUGGGUUUGAAGAUAUGACAGAGGUUGCUACUUGUUGCCGGAAGAGACAGGGGUGAAGAGAAAAGUCCAAACGGCAAACUCGUUCUUAUAGAUUCUCUUGUAAACCUUCAAUUAUGGACGUUCCACAGCUGUCUCAGAACUGCGAACUGUCUCUGCCCUGCUGUGCAAACAGGGGGUUACUGUCCAGCGCCAAGGCCCCCCAAGUCUGUGAGGUCAGAGUUCAGCUGGAGAUGCAAGCACUGUGGCAGCAGUUUGACCAUCUGGGCACCGAGAUGAUUGUUACCAAAGCUGGCAGGAGGAUGUUUCCUACAUUCCAAGUGCAAAUCUCUGGGAUGGAUCCUGCUGCUGAAUACGUCCUCCUCAUGGACUUUAUUCCUGUUGAUAAUAAAAGAUACAGAUAUGCUUUCCACAGCUCAUCCUGGUUGGUGGCAGGGCGAGCAGAUGUUGUAGCCCCCAGCAGGAUGCAUUUCCAUCCAGACUCACCUGCCUCCGGAGCCCAGUGGAUGAAGCAGACUGUAUCCUUUGACACUCUCAAGCUCACCAACAACCUGCUGGACGACAACGGACAUAUGAUAUUGAACUCCAUGCAUCGCUACCAGCCACGCUUCCAUGUGGUAUAUGUGGAUCCAGGUCCUAACAGCCACUUAAAUGCAUACAGGAACUUCUGCUCCUUUUCCUUCCCAGAGACACGCUUUAUGGCUGUCACUGCCUAUCAGAACCACAGAAUCACCAAACUGAAAAUUGCUAGCAACCCAUUUGCUAAAGGCUUCAGGACUACAGACCCUCAGGACCGGGUGAGUAAUUCUGGACUCCUGGCAGUGUGGUGCCCACCAGAGGGCAGAGCUGAGCCCCUCAGUGCCAAACAUGGCGAGCAGAGAAGAAAGGGGUCAGACACUUCAGACAGAUUCCAGGACCCAGCUUUGUUGUUGGAGGAGCAGUGCGGACUGUUCCAUCACUAUAAAGACUCUGUGGGACUCACCAUAGACAGGAAAGAUGGGGAGAGUAUGUUAGCACCCGCUUCUUUUCUCCCUAUUUCUUCCUACUGGGACUGUCCAGGAUCAUCUCAGGAGAGAGGCGGUCUGUUAUAGAGAAAGGAUGUAAAAAUGAACCCACUGCUUGCUCCCAUGUUUGAUGUAAAACCUUAUUGUGUUCUUUAUAAUGAAUGGGAAUAGUUAGUCUCUUUCACAGAAUUAUUUUAUCUGGAUUGUGCAAAUGUGUCUAAUGUAUAAUGCAAACACAUAAACUCAAAGCACAUAGAUCAGAAUAGGGUCACAGUAAAUGCAAUAUUUUCUCUGUGUAUUUAUAAAACUCCAGUGCAUUUAUCUGAAGCCCAGAAAAAAAAAUUA